AAUAUUUUUUGGUUGACUGCUAUCGCCGACUCUCCGAUAUUCACGACCGUUUUAAUAUAUUUUUUUUGUCUUUGACACGUUAACUAAAUGUAUUACAGGUCAAAUAAAUGUUGUUACGAAUACGUCGCAUAUCUGUUAAAUAAAUGUAAGCAGUUUUCUGCACAACCGAUGCAUUUCGCAAAAAAAAACACGUCCGUAAAACGUAACAUCUUCUUAUCGGUAAUGUUUUCAGGUCUGUCACAUGAACGGACGGCGUAGACACAAGAAAGCGAUGUAGUUUUUCCUCACACAUUCCACUGUUUGAAGAAUUAUGGAAAGUGUAUAUUUAAAACUGUGCCUGUAUCUGACAGCGCUGGUGGCUGUCACAUCAGGAGGGAAGAUGAAGAUAGUGGAGGAACCCAAUACUUUUGGGCUGAAUAAUCAGCUUGUGUCUCAGAAUAAUCGGCUGCAGGCGAAGAUCAGCCCGUCUCCGGUGUCUGGACCUCCACAUCUGCACAGACUGGCAGGGAAGUGCUUCAACUACAUCGAAGCCACAUACAAAUACGUAUUUUGUCCAUUUCACAACAUGACUCAGCAUGAACAGAGCUUCAGAUGGAACGCAUACAGCGGUAUACUGGGUAUUUGGCAAGAAUGGGAGAUUCAGAAUAACACAUUUACUGGCAUGUGGAUGCGAGAGGGAGAUUCAUGUGGAAACAAGAACAGACAGACCAAGGUUCUCCUGGUCUGUGGGAAUAGCAGUAAACUAGCGAGUGUUUCAGAGCCUCAGACGUGUGUUUAUUCAGUGAUAUUUGAAACGCCGCUGGUUUGCCAUUCACACUCCCUCUUGGUGUAUCCGGUUUUGAGUGAGACGUUGCAGAAGGAGUGGGACGAAAUCGCUCAAGCCCGAUAUGAAGAUCUCAUCACAGAACAGGGUUAUAAUAAGCUACUGAAGGAGCUGUUUGAAGAGGCCGGUUUCCUGAGAAAAGCUCAGCAGCCGAAAGCGGAGGAGAGCACGACGUCUCUCGCACAUCGCAGUCUGGAGCAGUGCACGCAGGAUUUUGAAAAGCAGCGAGCAGAGAUAGAGCGGCUUCGAUCGCUCCUAACGCAACACAACAUCUCUUACCAGACAACGACAGCUCUUUCAGACAGGACACAGGAUCAGGGUGCUUCGCCCUUCCGGGACCAGCACCUCCGCGGCGACACCGGUUUUAUUGCUGAUCUGCAUUAACAUGCCCAGCAGGAUCAUACAGGAAAAAUGCUACUUUGAGAUAAUGGUAUUUUAUGAUGUUUAAGAGUUUGGCUUUGUUAGGCCUAAGUUGACGACGUAUUGUGAAAAAUAAAGUUUUUAUGACAUGACACCUCGAGACCAGCCUGAAGGGCCGCUCGCACAGAAUGUGUUUUUUCAGUGGAGUAAAACUACGUAGCGGUGUAGAGAUCUGGACGUGUCGUUUUGCGAGCUGUAUUUUUUGCAUCUUGCAUAUUUAGAUGCAGUUUCUUGUGCGAGGCGCUGAAAAAGACAAAGUUAAAAACCACAUCUGUCUAGCACAUUUACACAGGAAAAACCCAACAACCAAUGCUAAAGUGCGUGCUUUUCUCCAAGCAGCUUAAAAUGUUCUAGUUGCUGCCAUAAUAUUACAUAUUUCUUGAUGACUUCUAUGAAGAAAAAUCAGGGUGGGAUUUUGAUAUAUUUUAGUUUUAGAUUGUAGAUACAACGUUUCUCUGAUCAGUAAAUAAUGACACUGUUGCAACGGAUGUAGCUUUACACAAAAAAAUCGAUGCUAUGGUAGAAGCAGUCUAUCCUGGUCACAAGUGUACUUGUUACAAAUAACUUAUACAGCAAUAACCAAUUCCCAAUUAGAAAUGUGUGCUUCUCUGUUAACCAACAAAGAAAUAACUAUAAAAUCAAAAGAGAUAACAAAGAUUCCUUAUGUUAUUCCAUAUUGGAAAAAUAUUGUGGAAAAUAUACCUUGGGAGAAAUUACAGACUUUGCCUCAUAAGUAUCUGCUUACCAAUAAAAUAAAGAAAAAACGUUGAAAAUGAUUCACACAUGUUACCCAAAUUAAUAUUUAUCCUAUUUAUUAUUUUUGUAUAAAUAAAUAUUUGGAAAUAGUAUCCCUUUAUUCAUCUGUUGUGUUAACCCUGGCAUAUCUGAGUGUAUAUUCUUUUUCUUAUUAAUUUUAUCUUUAUGUAUAAUUGUAACUGUGUCGCAAUGCUUGUGCUGUUUAUCAAUAAUAAAAAUAAAAGUCAACCGAAGCAUUAAAA